UGCGGCGGCGCCUGCGCGACGCGCCCGAGGCCCCGGCGCGCUGCCAGUGCUGCCGCGGGCUCCGUGUGUCACGCAUGGUUGCUGCUUUUUCGUCUCUUCGCUGCCUGAAAACCAAACUUGGGCGACCGAAGGAUCAGGGAACUCGUCCGGGAGAAGCGAGGGCAGCUUAGCCGCGCUCUGUCACUGUCGGAGGCAGAUGCUGCUUCAGCUGCUACUAAUGCGGCAACCGAAAGAGCCUGGGAGCAGCGAGCAGUAGCGGUUUCAGCAGCAAGAAAGAAGUAAUAUGUCCGAUGCUCUUGCAAAUGCGGUGUGUGAACGCUGCCAGUCUCGAUUCGAUCCUGCAGAGAGGAUUGUCAACAGCAAUGGGGAGCUCUUCCAUGAAAACUGCUUUGUCUGUGCUCAGUGCUUUCGUCAGUUCCCAGAUGGACUUUUUUAUGAGUUUGAAGGUCGGAAGUAUUGUGAGCAUGACUUCCAGAUGUUGUUUGCUCCUUGCUGCGGUGAAUGUGGUGAGUUCAUUAUUGGGCGUGUUAUCAAGGCAAUGAACAAUAACUGGCACCCAGAAUGUUUCCGCUGUGAGCUGUGUGAUGUAGUGCUUGCUGACCUGGGGUUUGUGAAGAAUGCUGGCAGGCAUCUGUGCAGGCCGUGCCAUAACCGUGAAAAGGCUAAGGGAUUGGGCAAGUACAUCUGUCAGAAGUGCCACCUGAUAAUUGAUGAGCAGCCACUGAUGUUUAGGAAUGAUUCCUACCAUCCAGAUCACUUCAACUGCACUCACUGUGGGAAAGAGCUGACUGCUGAGGCCCGGGAGCUCAAGGGAGAGCUGUAUUGCCUGCCCUGCCAUGACAAGAUGGGAAUCCCCAUCUGUGGAGCCUGCCGCAGACCCAUUGAGGGACGAGUAGUCAAUGCUCUGGGAAAGCAGUGGCAUGUUGAGCAUUUUGUUUGUGCUAAAUGUGAGAAGCCAUUCUUGGGGCACCGACACUAUGAGAAGAAAGGACUGGCUUAUUGUGAAACUCACUAUAACCAGCUCUUUGGAGAUGUCUGCUACAACUGCAGCCACGUGAUAGAAGGAGAUGUGGUAUCAGCUCUUAACAAGGCCUGGUGUGUGAACUGCUUCUCCUGCUCCACCUGCAACAUCAAACUUACACUGAAGAAUAAGUUUGUGGAGUUUGAUAUGAAGCCUGUGUGCAAGAAGUGCUAUGAGAAAUUCCCUCUGGAGCUGAAGAAACGUUUGAAGAAGUUGUCUGAGCUGGCAUCCAAGAAAGCACAUCCCAAAGCUCUGGAUUUAAACUCUGCUUAAAACAGGUCUGUCAGUCUACUGACUGCACUCUUACAGUCAUAAGCUGCUGCUCACAGCAGCUGUUGAUUACAGAGGUAAUUAAUAAGAACAAAUAAAACCAAAGAUUAGUAACUUUCCCAGCUUCUGGUAAUGCAGCUUGCAUCUUGACUAUCCCAUUUUUGAAGCAAUUGUCUACUAAUGCUGGCAGAAAGAGGAAUGGUUUCUGCUUUAUCAGUUCACAGGCUGCUUAUUAAUUUGCUUAAUAACAACUUUCUCUGCCAUUGUGGAAUUCUACAGAGUUUUUCCUUCCUCAGUUGAACUGUAGUCCUCACUCCAGUUCUUUGUGCUCUAAGGAAUGUGGAAACAGUGGUUGAGUGUGGGUGGAAAGGGAUGUGUUAUCUGGUCUUCUUCAGCUAAAGUAUAGACAUUUCUCAUCCUGAAUGAAGAAGUUUUGAUUUUUUUUUAACAUGUAGGCAAAUAUUCUAAAAGCUGUCACUCUGCUACCUGCAAAAUGUUCUGAUCUUUCUCCACAUUCCCACUGAGCACACAAAAAUGCUGUACACACUUCAGGUUUGCAGGUUUUCCGAGAGAGACCAGCAACCAACAGCUCUGGCAUCUGCACUGCUUCUUUGUUUGGCUUAGGUCCGCCGUUUAGACAGCUGAAGAAGUUUGCAUUGCUGCUUUUCUGUGCAGUGCUAAAGAGAUUUCAGUUGUCAAGGCCGUGGUCAGCCUCUUUGGAAGAGUUUGUGCCCUCCUGAAGGAGGAGGUGGCUAUGGGAAACAAAAGAUUUUUAGAAACUGACUCUAAUUUUCUGACUUUGUUCUCUGUUACUGCACCGGUAGUAGAGCCUCAAGUAGUCAACACAAAGCAUCCUCUGUCCACUGGCAGAGCUGACAUUGCUUGGGGCAAUGUGGCUGGAACCUUGUUUAUUCUUUUGUGUGAUAAACAUCCCCUAUUAUCAAAUUGAUUUUUUAAGUGCUUCAGUUUCCCUGCCCUUCUCACUUCAUUUGAAAGAUCAGUAAGUACAUCCUUGUUGGCCAUGCUCCAGGAAGCCAAAUUACAUGUAGGGGAUUCUAAUAUUGAAAGUUUGUAGCAAAUGGGAUCUUAUGCAGAGAAAAAUAAAUAAGUAAAUCUUUCCCCUCUGAAAGUUUCUUAACAUUUUCACACAAAUGAGUUCCUCAUAACCUUUAUUUUUAAGGCCUAAGGACCUCAGAUGUUAAUUGGUAUACCUUAAGCAUAUACUUCUGCUCUGUAGUGCUGCCUAUCACUGGUGAAGUUUCACUUGUACUGUCUCUGCUAGCACAACCCAAGGUGCUGAGAAACUGACUGGAUUUGAACAUGUUCAAUGUUUCUUUAUGGGUGAGCCAUCAGCAGUGCUGUUUCUGAGUCCACCUGUGUAUUUUAUAAUCAUAGUGAGCUUUCGGGACCUCUGCAGGUGCUCCCCCUAGUUUCUGGUGCUUAACUAAGAUGAGCAGCCUACAAACCUCUUCCCAUGAGCAGUUGGAGACUGUGCCUGCCCUUUUGUGAAGUGGACAGGAUGAAAAGCACUUGGGGACUGCUGCCCCUUGCAUGAUUUAAGUCUUCCAAAAAGGGUGCUAGUUUAGUAGGUCAAAUGAACAAAGCAGUUGGUCCUGGGCGACACUGCAGCUCCAGGUGAAUUAGCUAGCAAGAGUUUACAGCUUCUUCAGUUCAUGUAUGUGUGAGCAGUAACUGGAUUGGGGCAAUAAUCUGCAUUGAAAUUGUCCACACUGCCAUCACACUGCUCAGACUAGAUCUCAACAAGAUGAUAGCUAAAGCACUGACAGCUGUUCAUGGUUGCUACCUAUGAAGCUCUAGCAGCAGUAUCACAGCAGUGGUGGGAAGUCCUGGCUAACUGUAUGCAGAUGAGAAUUCCACAUGCAGACCAUCUCUUAGAUACUUACUGACUUUACUGACUCGGUUCCCUUCAGCUGCUUUGCCAUUCGCUGCUGUAAGUUACUAUUAACCUUUAGCUGGGGUAUGCUGCAUCCACUGUAACACUGAGGAGGGGAUAAGCCUGUUUUUAACCAGAGCUCUUCCAUCUUCCGACCAAUAAGCACUGUAGAUCACAGCAACUGUAGCUGCUUUUGUCACUGCUUUAGGAGAAAGCAUGACUUGUGCAUUGUUCUCUCGACAGCCUGCCAAUGGUCCUUUAGUUAGGGGCACAAAGAGCAGCUCAUCCUUCGGUGCAGCACUAGGUAGCCACUGCAAAGACUCACGCUAUUAGCCUAUUCUUUGGUGUUUUUUCACAGCCUAAAACUCAAGGGCUGCAGAUCUAGGUGCAGUUCAGUAUGAGAUGCAGAUUCGCCUUGGAAUAAAGGGUUUAGGCCUAUUCCUAAGUCGUAGCCACAGGCCAAGCCUAAUGCUAAAUCCGAGCAACCUCCUGGGAAGGUGGUGGAGGAACACACAGAUGCAUAAUGUAGCCGCUGGUGAAGACAGCAAGACUAUAUAACUAGCAGGCAAUAGGUAAUCAUCUUUCACUGGCCACUCUCCAGUUCAGCAAUGGAAAAUGCAUGCACGUAGAUGUGAAUGGAGUUACUUUUGUACUGCAUGCUCCUGCUUUGUCUCAUGUUAGAAAUUCAGGAGACCUAGCAAGCUUAAGUGUUUGAAGGACAGUUGAUAUUGUUCUCUUUGGUAAGCCAAGAAGUUCUCUAGGAUUUGGAUAAUGUCCAUAUCUUCAGAGCAUUACCCAGAGUCAACAAGGGAAAAAGGUCAUCACAGUCCCUGGUCUUUACAUUAGCAGAGGGUGAUGUUCUCUUAGUGUCUCUUAAAUUAUUACUUCUUAACAGCUAUUUUUGUUAUAAUCUCACUGCUCCCAGCCUGCAACCUGCAGAGUGUCAGUAAUGAACAUCACUGACAUGCCAUUUGUGGGACAGUGGAAUUGAAGGAGGAGUAAUACGGGUGUAAGUUGCAGCACAAGAGGUUCCACCUCAACACAAGGGGGAACUUCUUGACUGGAAGGGUCACAGAGCACUGGCACAGGCUCCCCAGAGAGGUUGUGAGGUCUCCUUCUCUGGAGCCUUUCAAGGCCUGUCUGGAUGUGUUCCUCUGUGAUCUGUGUUAGAUAGGAUUGUCCUGCUCUGGCAGGGGGGUUGGACUGGAUGAUCUCCUUGAGUCCCUUCCAACCCCUGACAUCCUGUGAGCCUGUGACCCUGUAAUAACUAUUAAUAUUUGAAAGAAAUUCAUCUUCUCCUACUUCUUUGAGCCCCCUUUAUAAAAAGACAACUAGAAUAUAAUGCAGCUAAUAUAAUUAGUGUGUAGAUAGGUUGGCAGGGUGGGGUUUGCUUCUGCUUUGGUUUACUUUUUAACUUACUUUUUUUAAAUGGAGCCAAGGUCUCAGUCACAAAUAAGCUGCAUGCUUUUUUCCAUUGCUGUAAAUAGUCUUGCUGGCCAAAUUAGUCUGAAGUAUCACACCACUGGAGUGUAUAGAUUUAGAUCAAGGCUGGAUUUGGUUUCAGAAGUCUACACUUACUAAAAGCUGUUAUCUCAUCAAAGGCAUUUAUAGUUUACAUUCAUAAUUACACAUACUGCAUUAAAAUCACUAAUAUUCACUGAGUAUGCUUGCAAACAGUUUUGCUUUUAGACACCACACUACAUGAAGCCUGUUUGUAUUCAAAGAGUGUGCUAAUGACUUGCAGUCUUGUUAUGGCAACCCAAUCAGCUCAGUGAGGUUUGCAUCCUGGUCUUUAUUUUUAUAGCAGUCUGUGCAGUCUAGGCCAAUAUUGUUCAACCUUCCCUAUGGAGUUCCUGGCUCUUGCAUGUUUUGUGUUAAAUAAGGUAGCUGCCACUUCAUAAAAGUUGUUGGAUGCUGAAGAGAGGUGUCAGGCAAAUGUAAUAAAUGUGGUUGUACUAGUCUGUAAGCACUGUUCAGUGCUGAGGGUGGUGGAGAGUGAGUAAAAGAAUUAGCAGCUACUUGCCUUGGUUUCAGACCUUGAUGAGCAGUGUGGAUUCUGCACCAUGUGGAGCUCUCAUUUUAUCACACCUUGUUUGCCUUGUCUGACCAAAGCAUAUGAUUGUGGAUUGAAAUGUUGUAACACCAUACCUUUUUAUGUUCCUGUAAUAAAAAGAACUGUAAUACACUUGCAAUCUUCACACAAA